AUGGAGGCUCUGGGGGGAUACCGCACCAAGUCCUCGGCCUGGAAGGAGAGAACUCUGAAGAUACUCAUCAGUUUAGCGGUCUGCAUAGGCGGGCUGUAUCUGGUCCAGAACAAACUCAUCAGGAAAUCCAAACCUGUAGACUUUUACACGUUUGAAGUCCUGGACGCCAAAGGGAGGACGGUGUCGUUGGAGAAGUACAGAGGCAAAGUUUCUCUGGUUGUAAACGUGGCGAGCCACUGCGAGUUGACCGAGAGGAACUACCGUAGCCUGCAGGAGCUGCAUCGCGAGCUCGGGACGUCCCACUUCAACGUGCUCGCGUUUCCCUGCUCGCAGUUCGGUAAAACGGAGCAGGGGGAGAGCCGCGAUAUUGAGGCCUGGACCAAAUCCGUCUACGGAACCACAUUCCCCUUCUUUAGCAAAGUCAAGCUCAUGGGUUCGGAGGCCACACCGGCUUUCAAAUUCCUCACAGAUUCGGUGCAGAAGGUUCCCAAGUGGAACUUCUGGAAGUUCCUGGUUGACCCGGAUGGGAGGGUGGUGAGGUUCUGGAAGGCGGAGGAACCUUUCGACCAGAUACGACAGGAAGUUGCAUCACAAGUGCGACAGAUCAUUCUGAAGAAGAGGCAGGAGCUCUGAGGAGAAGACACAUUCAGACCUGCCUUUGUGUGUGUGUGUGUGUGUGUGUGUGUGUGUGUGUGUGUGUGUGUGUGUGUGUGUGUGUGUGUGUGUGUGUGUGUAGGGUACAUGAAUCCAGCAGGUGCUCUGAGGAGAACAUCCUGACCUGUACCGCCCUCUAAAGGGAAAGUGAUGUAACUACACCAAGACUAAAACCUGAGAGAAAUGCAUUCAGAGCUAUGGGGCCUGGUGUGAGGUUGAAUAUUGUAGUCACUACAAAUAUGACACA